CAUUUACGCAAACGCAACAAAAAACAAACUACGCCAUCACUGCCUUGUGCUUUCUUGUAUGUUAUGUGUUAAUUACAGAAACAUAUAAUAUUAUUAUAGAUAUUUAAGAAUGUUAUAAAUUAUUUUGAAACUAUUGGCACUCUAGUAGUCGUGCAUAGCGUAACUUAAACUUUAAAUGUGCCAUUAAUAGUUUUCUUACCGUCUUGUAUUCUACGCAUAACCACAUGUUACUGAAUAUAUAACCACAUAUCCUGUAUCAGGUACCAGCAAUUAUCUGGAAUUCGAACGAUAUAUUAUAGAUUUUGAAUAAACAUAAAUUGUAUUGGAUUAUUCAGAAAGGAUUAACAAAAGUUGAUUUUAUCAAUACUUCCAAGGAAAUAUUUAUAUUUUGGUGUAUAAUCCAGUAUAAAUCUAUAUCAUUUUUGCAGCAAGUAAUGUGUUUUGGAUAGUACGGAUUUUUAUUCUUUUUAUAAUUUCAAAAAACAAAUUGUUAUAACCAUUAAACUCAAUAAAAUUACAAAAUGUGUUGGAAGAGUAGAGGUCAAACAGAAGCAACAGAGUAAGAGUACAGCCAUUGUACCAAUAUUUGACGAUAGGAUGGUUUUGCAGAAAGGUACUGGACGUUUUAUAAAAAGUUUUAGUAAUGCAACAGUUAGACGAUGUAAUUGUAGUAACAACAAGAUUCAACAUCGAUUAUAUGCUACAGUAUCAAGGCUUACACCUCAAGAGGUUACUGCUAUCUUACAAGCCAAUGAAUUUACCAAAGAAUUUACUGGUUCAUCUUCUGUGAAAUAUUACGAUUCUAAUCAGUUAGCAUCCAAUAAUCCUAUUGAAGACACACGAUCUGAAGGACAAUGUUUAUUAACAAAAGGUUUGUUAUUGGGAGUAUUUGAUGGUCAUGGUGGUGGUGCCUGUGCACAAGUAAUAUCAAAACGACUGUUUCAUUAUAUAUCUGCGUGUUUACUUCCUCCUAAGCUAUUGAGGCAAUAUUUGGAUUCUAUUAAUUCCAAUAAGGAAUUAGAGCUACUAGAGACUUUCAAUGAUAAAGUAGAAUUAGUUACUGAAAUAAAAGAUCUUUAUCGAGACAGCUUUUUAACAUUUUUGAAGGAUCUAAUGCAAACUGGAUCUACAAAAGAAUUUCAAAUGGAAGCAGCACUGGAGAAUGCAUUUGUUAGAUUAGAUAAUGAUUUAUCUAAUGAAGCUUUAUUAAAAUUACAUAAUAAAGAUGCGGCAAGAACACUGACAGUUGCUAUGUCGGGAGCUGUAGCAGCUGUAGCUCAUAUAGAUGGUCCACAUUUGCAUGUAGCUGGUGUAGGAGAUUGUCAAGCAGUGCUUGGUGUUCUUUCAGAAAAUGAUGUGUGGUCAGCAAAAAUGAUGACUACAGAACACAAUACUGAUAAUCGAGCGGAAGUUGAAAGGAUUUUGUCAGAGCAUCCAUCACAAGAGAGAUCUACUGUGAUAAAAAUGGAGAGACUACUUGGACAGUUAGCACCUCUUCGUUGUCUUGGUGACUUUCAAUAUAAGUGGAAUAAAAUGAUUAUGAAACAAGUAGUAGUACCAAUCUUUGGCGAAAAUGCAAUACCACCAAAUUAUCAUACACCACCAUACUUAAUAGCAAAACCUGAAGUAAAGUAUCAUAGAUUGACACCUAGAGACAAGUUUCUCAUAAUAGCGAGCGAUGGAUUAUGGGAUUUAAUAUCACCUUUACAAGCUGUACGUUUAGUAGGAGAACAUAUAAGUGGAAAAGUUACGUUAAAUCCAUUAAGAUUACCUCGAAAAAAUAUGAAGUUAUCCGAUAUAAAUGAAAUGUUACUUCAGCGUAAAGAAGGCUUAAAAAAGAAACCUCUUGAUAGUAAUGCAGCAACACACUUAUUGAGAAAUGCUCUUGGUGGUACAGAUUUUGGUAUAGAUCACGGGAAAUUAUCGCAGUUACUAACAUUGCCAAGUAAAGUGGUACGAAUAUUUCGUGAUGAUAUAACAAUAACUGUCGUUUAUAUGGACUCAGAGUUUUUAAGGCACUGCCCUCCGUGAUUACUCAAAUGUACCUUGUUACUUUUUUACAAGUUACAGAAAAACUUUAAUCCACUGUAAAUUCCCCCUUUAUUACAAUAUAUAGAUUGUUAUUUAUUUCAAUAACAAUAAACAUGAUUUACACGGGAA